GGCCGGUCACUAUUUUCUGAUAAUCUUGAAGAAGGGCCUUGCCCAGAACUUAAAACCCAACUCAUUAAUUUCGUUUCUAUAAUUACAUAAGAAAAAUGCCCACAUAUAUUUGGAUAAUAUCCAGGAUACCCUCUUUACAAAAAUUACUACUGCUUCCCUCUCAAAGACACCAAACCCGAUAAACCGUAAUCAAAUCCCCACACCGCUCAUCAAUGGCGUCUCAAAUGGCGAUGCUCACGCCAAAAAAAAAAAAUUCCGUGAUCAGUACCUCAAAUGAAGAUCCUCACCCCAAAAGAAAAACCGUGAGAAGUUGCUUCAGAGGUUAGCAAUAUAAGCUUUUUCUUUUCUGGAUUUUAUGUGGGAGGGAGGGAGGGAGGGAGUGAUCGCAUCUUGACGAAUAACUUGCAUUAUGGUACUAGUAUUGUAAAUUUAGAAGGAAAAAUUGGGCUAAACCUAAGCGAAGGCAGAUGCUUAAGCCGCCAAGAAAAACCCAUGCGUCCCUCAGCUACGCUCCCUGUAUUUUCAAGCCAAAUAUCUCACACUCUGCUCCUCCUCCUCCAGACGCUAUCAAACUCUUAAAACUAUCAGCUAAUACUAAAAGCCUCAAAUUUGGUAAACUAAUUCAUGCCCAUUUGAUAAUCUCGAAUCGAACUACCAAAAAUAACGCACUUGAGACGAAUUCAUUGAUCAAUUUUUAUGCAAAAUGCAAUGAACUUUUUAUUGCUCGCAAACUGUUCGAUAGUAUGCGUCAAAGAAAUGUAGUGUCUUGGAGUGCUUUGAUGACUGGGUAUUUACAUAUGGGAUUCUCAUUGGAAGUAAUUAGGUUGUUGAAAGAUAUGGUUUCGGUUGAUGCUAUAAGCCCAAAUGAGUAUAUUUUCGCUAUUGCUCUGGCUUCUUGUUCUGACAGCGGAAGAACCAAGGAAGGUCAACAAUGUCAUUGCUAUGUGUUGAAGUCUGGUUUGGUGUUUCAUCAAUAUGUAAGGAAUGCUCUUCUACAUAUGUAUUCAAAGUAUUUCAGUUUUCAAGAGGUUAUGUGGAUCUGGAAUUUAGUGCCUGGAACUGAUAUUUUUUCUUAUAAUUCGGUCCUGAGUGGACUUCUGGAAAAUGGUUAUUUCAAAGAAGGUUUAGAGGUUUUGAGGAGGAUGGUCAGUGAUCAUGUGAAGUGGGAUUCUGUAACUUAUGUUAACAUUUUUGGGCUUUGUGCCUGUCUAAAAUAUUUGAGAAUGGGUUUAGAAUUGCAUGGUAAGAUGUUGAUUAGUGAUGUUGAAAGUGAUGCUUAUGUUAGCAGCGCUAUGAUUAAUAUGUAUGGGAAAUGCGGGGAUGUCUUAAGUGCUAGAAGAGUUUUUGAUAGAUUGCAAAGUCAAAAUGUGGUGUUGUGGACAGCAAUUAUUGCUGCUUAUUUUCAAAACGGGUGCUUUGAGGAUGCGUUAAAGUUAUUUUCAAAAAUGAAACUUGAUGGUGCAAGACCAAACGAGUUUACUUUUGCUGUGACACUGAAUGCAAGUGCAGGGUUGUCUGCAAUAAGUUGUGGGCUUUUGUUGCAUGCAUGUACUGAGAAAUCAGGUCUUAAGGACUAUCUUACUGUUGGAAAUGCUUUGAUUAAUAUGUAUGCAAAGAGUGGCAACAUACCAGCUGCCAAAAAUGUAUUUUCAGACAUGACAUCUCGAGACACUAUUUCUUGGAAUGCAAUGAUAUGUGGCUACUCACAUCAUGGACUAGGUAAGGAAGCUCUUCAUGUUUUUCAAGAAAUGUUAGCUGCACAAGAGUAUCCUAACUAUGUGACUUUCAUAGGGGUUCUCUCUGCUUGCAGUCAUCUUGGUUUGGUUCAGGAAGGUUUGUACUAUCUGAACCUAAUGAAAGAGAGUAGUAUUGUGCCUGGUUUGGCGCAUUAUACUUGUAUUGUUGGCCUUCUGAGCAAGGCUGGGAGGCUUGAUGAUGCUUGGAACUUUAUGAGGUCUAUGCCUGUAAAAUGGGAUGUUGUUGCCUGGCGUACUUUACUCAAUGCUUGUCAUAUCCAUCGAAACUAUGGUUUUGGAAAGCAGAUUGCAGAAUGGAUCAUAGAGAUGGAUCCCAAUGAUGUGGGAACAUAUACACUAUUAUCUAAUAUGUAUGCCAAGGCAAAGAGGUGGGAUGGAGUUGUCAAAAUUCGAAAGUUGAUGAGGGACAAAAACAUCAAGAAAGAACCUGGGGCGAGCUGGAUAGAGAUAAGAAAUGUUACCCAUAUUUUUGUUGCAGAAGAAACUAAGCAUCCAGAGCACAGUGAGAUUUAUGAAAAGGUAAAGGAACUUUUGACUAUGAUUAAGCCACUAGGUUACGUUCCAAAUAUUGGUGCAGUAUUGCAUGAUGUAGAGGAUGAACAGAAGGAUCAUUAUCUUAGUUAUCACAGUGAGAAGUUGGCCAUAGCAUAUGGUCUUAUGAAAACACCUCCAGAAGCACCUAUCAUUGUAAUGAAGAACCUUAGAAUGUGUGACGAUUGCCACUUGGCAGUGAAACUUAUUUCAAAGGUUGCAAAUAGGAUGAUCAUAGUUAGAGAUGCCAAUCGUUUCCAUCAUUUUCAAGAAGGGCAUUGUUCUUGUGCAGAUUACUGGUGACAUUUACAGUAUUUUUCAGUUGUACAUAUAAGCGUUUCCAUGCUACAAACUGGGAUUGCUGAGACCAUGUUGGCCUUCAUGGCACAAAUCGCUUACAAAUUACUGUCAUUAAAUUGAAGAAAUUAUUUGGAUUACGAAAAUCUUUAUGAAUUUUGAUAAAGUAAAAUAUUAUAGAAACUAUUUAGUAACGGAAAAUUUUACGUUAAAGAAAUUUUCAGUUUCC